AGUUGUUGAGUUUGCGAUAGUUCUAAAGGUUUUUAAUAUUGCUAGCAUGUAGUUUAUAUCCUUGCCGGUAUAAAGUAAUUAAUAAAAACUAAUUUUCAAUUAAAUUUCCUUUGUACCAAAUAGACUUGCUUAAGAUCCACCAUGGAUGCCAAUGGACUUCAUUUGAAUGUUGACCACGUUGCUGGCAGUGGAGUAAUUCUCAGUCCGGAGCAAAAAGCAGCUCUUCAAACAUCUUUGAUUAUCCUGAAGACUCACUACAAGUUCAACAAUGUUGUUCUGUGGGGAAAGAUUCUUGGAAUAAAGGAUGAUUAUUUUAUUGCACAGGGAUCAGGAAAAGAUGAACUAAAAGAUCGGAAAUCAUUGUACAGUUUAAACUGCAUCGAAUGGCAUCUUCUUCCUCCAGCAACAUCUGAGAUGAAGAACAAAGCAACGAUGGUUCGUGGAAGAUUGAUGGGCGAUCCCUCGUUCGAAUACGAGCACACGGAUGUCAGGAGAGUCCGGGAUGGGGAGGAGUACACUGAGGAAGAAGUCACAAUUCAAAUAAAAGAAGAAGACAGAGUUUCAGCGAUCGUUGCAACGAUCGACGAAGAAGCGAGCAUCGUUCCUCGUGGAGCGUUCAUUAAAACUCCACUUGGUCAAGUUUACAACAACAGAAGUUUCGAAGGUUUAUCAGUAGCAGAAUGCGGAAAGCUGUCGUCAUUCAUGCAUUUCCGGGAAGCUCAAAACUUUGGCAAUAAAUCAAUCAAAGAAAAGGCCGACCUCAAUCCAUCAAUUGAUUUUCUCGACAGCAUUGAAGAUGAUAUUCCAAAAGGAUCGUGGAGCUCCCAGUUUGAACGAGGCAGUGGAUUGGUUUGUCUACGAAGCUUAGUUUGGUUGGGAAUGACAUUCUACCAUGUUCCAAAUACAACUAGGUUUGGUUGUAUGUACGUGGGCACUGGGGAGAAAAAUUUCGACAUUCCUUUUAUGUUGUAGAGUUUCUGGUUUCUAUUAAAUGCUGUUGUAUAAUAGAUUGUAUGUACUGUUGUUUGUUUUUCUUUGAAAAGAUAUUAUUUUCAAGAGUAUUGUUGCUUGUUAUUUUCAUGAAU